GAUAUGAGAACUUUAUUAUUACCUUCAAUAUAUUGCUGUAUGUAGACUCAUGUUAAAAACUGACUGGCAUAUAUAUUCUCUAAUUCUAUUACAAUUUCAGUUUCAGACAGAGGCACUACACCGUGAUAUCCUCAACAGGAAUAAAACAGCAUUCAACCAAGUUAUUGAGCGGUACAUUUCCCUGGCACACGGACUUCCUCCUCCACUAGAUGAAUGUCCCUAUACCAGUCUCCACACAACAGCAAAAACAAACCAAGUUCAGCUCCCUUAUACCCCCAGAAGAACCUUUCCAGGACAGGUGCAACCAUAAAAACCAGCACUGUCUCCCCAGCGAUCUCAUUGAGGCAAGAUUCAUGUUGGGAUGAGGAUGAUCUUGUUAGAGAAGUAGAGGAAUCACUGCAGAGGAGGAAACAACAGCUUGGGUUAAGUGAUGAUUUUAUAUGUGAGGAGAUAGAGGAUAAUGAGGUUGAUGAGGAUGACCCCACAUGGGAUGGCUCUCAUUACCAUGCCAGGGUGAAUUUACCCAGCAGAUUGCAUAAAAAGAGAAAACUUUCUGAUAAUCUUAUAACAAACACAGUGGGGUCAUCUGAUGAAAACAAGUCUUGAAAGAAAGCAAAAGCACCUGUGGAUGAAGUAAGCCUUUCCCAAAACAAAACUGCUGAUUUGAGGAAGCUUUCUGUGCAGGACAGGCUUUCAGAUGUGAGCAACUUACCAAGAAGAAGAGGUAGACCUCCGAAAAGAAAGUCAGUGCUGGAGGUGAAUGAUGAGGGUAAUAUAUCAAAGAAAAGAUGUAGAUUGCCCAAACAAAAGUCAGUGCAGAAGGUGAGCAAUGAUGAAAACAAAGAACCCAAACGGAGAGGCAGGCCACCCAAGAAGACUCAAACUUUGAGUCUGAACCCCACCAAGGGCAAAACUUCAAACAAAACGUCAUCUGAUGAAAACAAAGAACCUAAACGGAGAGGCAGGCCGCCCAAGAAGACUCAAACUUUGAGUCUGAACUCCACCAAGGGCAAAACCUCAAACAAAAGGUCAUCUGAUGAAAACAAUGUGCCACAAAAGAGAGGCAGACCAUUCAAACAGAAAGCAACAGGGACUCUUAAGAUCCACACUCAAGACUGUAGUGUAGUGCUGAGAAGGCUUGCUGGGGGCAGGGAGGGCAUCCAGUCUGUGAAUAAAUCAAAUGAAACCAGGACACUGUGCAGUAUUAGAGGUGCAGAAGAGGAGGAGCAAAGACCUCAAGAGAGCAGUAAUGGUAUUGUGAAGUUGGUGCAGGAGGCAGUGGGAGGGACUGGUGGUAUUCUGCAUAGGGUUGAAUAUGGGAAGUAUAUAAUCUGCCUCCUUGACACCAUGGACACGAUGCUUAUCAUGGUAAAUCAAAACGUGCCCAGUGAAACUAGUUCUGGCAAAGAAACAGAAGCAGCUACAGGAAAGACUUCCAAAAAAGAGAAGAAAAAAGCCCAAGAAAGAGAACAGAGAACAAGAACUCAUACUGGCAGCAACAUGGAAGCAAACACACAAGUAGAACAAACUGUCAACAAAAUUACUAACAGAGAGAAAAGAAAAAAGGUAGAUCAAACAGCUAAAAAAACUAACAACAAAGAAAAAGAGAAAAAAGCCAUAGAAAAACAGCAGACAGUGGAUAAGAAAGCAAGGAGUAGCACAAGAACUGAAUCCUCACUCCAUCAUAAGGCGAUGCAACAGUCUGAGUCAACUGUUGAACAUCCUACAGUGAAAAAGAUGGGACAGAAUAACAGCCGAAAAAGGGAGCACAGCUCAAACGCAGUCAAGUCACCGAAGAGACAAAGGAAUGAGCCAAGCGUGCCCGCCAAGGCUUCUGUUGCAACACACCUGGCCAUAGAUGCCAUGUUGUCACCUGGGCAGAAUAGCGGCAUUGUUCCCAGCAGUGAAGGCAAUGUGCUGAAGAGAUUACAUGUUGAUCCAGAUGCAGGAACAGAUAAAGUUACAGGUCAGUUUAUGCAGCAUGAACUUCCUAACACCAGUGAAUCACCAAAUAAGCCAAAAAAAGCACGUGACCUAGAAGUCUCUGACAGAAGUCUUUCUUCCGAUGGGUCAGAGUCAGAGUCACAGUAUGGAGACGGAUCGCUUACUGAUAGUGAUGAAGAUGACAUGAUUUCAGAAUUUAGUGCAACCCAGAAAAAGAAGAGCUUCCUCCAUCAGACACGAGAAAGGCUGAAAAGAAGGAAUUACAGACCUGAGCACAGGGAGUCAGUGAGCAAAGUUAUAUUCGAUAGUGACAAUGACAUCCUUAUUAUGGAACCGCCCAAGCCUGUGCCCAUGUCAGAAGACAAGAAAAACAACACAAAUUCUGAAAACAGCCAGAGCACAAAGGGGGUGCAGGGCAGACCCAUCAUGGCAUCACCAUAUGUUUCCCUGAAGACCCAAAGAGCCAUUAGGAGAGCUGCAGGUGGACACCAGCGAAGCCUGACCACUAGCAGUUCCUACAUCCAAGGCCUCAUCAGUAACUCCAUCAUGAAGAAUGUUCCAGAGAUGAUGACUUCGGCCUCAACCAGGGUACCAGUGGACGGUCAAACGGAGGAGGAACCUGACCCUGAGGACAUGUGGGAUCUCCUGCCAGCCCUCCCCCAGCGGUCCUCCAGCUCCCUUGCCGCAAGGGCUGCCAAGACCAGCCUGCAAGAAUCUGGCAUAACGGAGACUGCAGCCACUGCUCCAGAGAGGCCAACAACUGUCACCAGCACCAACAUUAGUGGUGCAGUCAUCACAUCAAAGGUAUACUAUAUACUUUUCUAGAUGAAAAAAAAGAAAAAUAUCAAUU